AAAAGUGAGGAGAGAGGAGAGAAAAGUGAGAAAAAAUUGGCUGACAAACGUGGGCCACGUUGGACACGUGGUGUGCGAUUUGAGGUGGCUUGGUAUUUGACCCAAUAUUUUCUACCCCCAAUAAACAAAUCCACUGAACUCCCCAACACUUAUCUCAUUGCUAUUUUAGACAAUAAACAAAUACACCCAAUUCCGAGACGUGUGUCUCAGGCACUCUGUCGGCACGCGUUGCCCCUCGUGUGCAAAAGGAGCCUCGCGUUAAAAAUCCUCUGCCCUUCUGCUCAUCCGCAAUUCCCCGCCCCGAAAUCUCUUUCUGCACAUUCUCCAGGGGAGGUGCCUAUAUUUUUGACGUAUUUUCGACGGUGGCCGCCGCCUUGCCUGACCUCGUUGGAACUGCCUGGAAGCCAGGUGAUCUUUUGCUUGAUUUGACUUCGCUGAGUUUGGAGCGUGCGGCUUCGAUGAUGAACUGACGAAGCAAUUAUUCCAAGCCGAGAUGGUUUUGUGAGGAAUCGUGCUGAUUUGGAGAUUAUGCAUGUGCUCUCACUGCUAUAAACAUAGGACUCAAGCUUAGUGAAAGAAGGCUCCCCAAAAGGAAAAGAAAAAAAGAUGGGGGAAAGAGAAGGCACGAAGAUUCCUGUGAUCGAUCUGCGAGGUUUCCAAUCGCAGUACGAGAAGCUGAGAGGAGCCGGCAAGGAGUGGGGGUGUUUCAGGGUGUUGAACCACGGGAUCAGAGGUUUGAUGGGGGAGAUGAAGGCGGUGGUGGCGUCACUGUUUGAUCUUCCCAUGGAGGCGAAGAAGAAGAAUGAGGGCCAGGUGGUGGAAGGGUGUGGAUACAAGGAGCCCACCAAGGCAAAUCCUCUGUAUGAAUCUUGGGGGUUGGAUGAGAUGGGCUCAGCGCAAGCUGUGGAUGUGUUCUGUUCCCAGUUGAAUGCUUCUCCUCAUCAAAGAGAGAUAAUGAAGACGUAUUGUAAAGCAAUGCAUGAACUAGCCAUGGACAUAGCAGACAAGCUGAGUAGAUGCAUGGGACUGAGCAGUGGCAUGUUCGAGGAUUGGGCCUGCGAACUUUGGAUGAACAAAUACAGCUUCAUCCCUGAAAGUGUUGGCUCUACUGGUGUACAACUGCACACAGAUAUGGGAUUCCUGGCCGUUCUUCAAGAUGACGAUGCCGUGAGUGGUCUUGAAGUGAUGGACAAGUCCGGUUCGUUAGUACCAAUUGAUCCUUGGCCAGGCACUUUUCUUGUGAUUCUCGGAGACAUGGCUGUGGCAUGGAGCAACGGGAAAUUGGGCCAUGCAAAGCAUCGAGUUCAAUGCAAGGAAGGAAGAGCUCGGUCAUCGGUGGGCGCUUUUCUGUUGAGUCCAAAGAAGGCAGCUAUUGAAGCCCCAGAGGAGCUUGUGGAUGCUGAACACCCACGCCUCUAUGCCCCUUUUACUCAUUCAGACUAUAGGAAACUCCGGUCAGUAGUAAAAUCACGCACAGGCGAAGCUCUUGCUCUAUUCCGAGCAGCAUCUGAGAUGUGAUAUGGACGUGAGUCUUACCAUGUGUCAUUGACUCCAGGUUCAAGAAAUAAAAUAAAGUGCUAUAGGCAAAACUUUGUGUCUUUAUGCAAGUUUAAGACGAUUGUUUGUGUUGAUUUGUGCACAUCUGCAGAACAUGUAAUACUAGUUCUGCAUCUAUGCUUGUUGAAGUGCAGACGCUGUCUAAUCUAUAAGUGGUUAUUGGCCUAGACAAACGAAUGAGAUGACCGUGGUAGACACUUGUUUUUCGAUUA